AAUUGAGCUUGUUCUGAACGAAACGUCACAACUACACAUUGGCAUUUUCGCUGCAGCGCACGGUAAACGUUUGCAAAUUGUUUGCGGUGCACAAAAGUAACUGAAAAGUAUAGUUGAAUGCACAACGCAAAUACCGGCAAUUGAGAAGCGGAGUCAUGGACGAAGAAUAUUCGGCAGCGUCUUCGGUCGGCGGUGGCGGAAAAAAAGCUGGCGUGGGGGGAAAACAGCACAAUACACUGCCAUUCUGGGGCAAUGAGACGUCCAUGAACCUGAAUCCCCUCAUUCUCGCUAACAUACAGAGUUCCAGCUACUUCAAAGUGCAUCUUUUCAAGCUGAAAACCUAUCAUGAGGUGGUCGACGAGAUCUACUACCAGGUGAAGCAUAUGGAGCCAUGGGAGCGGGGGUCACGCAAAACAUCCGGCCAAACAGGAAUGUGCGGCGGUGUGCGUGGCGUUGGCGCCGGCGGCAUCGUGUCCACCGCCUACUGUUUGCUCUACAAGCUGUAUACACUGCGGCUGACGAGAAAGCAAGUGAAUGGACUGCUCAACCACACAGACUCGGCCUACAUACGGGCACUAGGAUUUAUGUACUUACGUUACACACAGCCGCCGGGCGAUUUAUAUGACUGGUAUGAGGAUUAUCUGCAGGACGAGGAGGAGAUUGAUGUGAAGGCGGGCGGCGGCCAGGUGCAAACCAUUGGCCAAAUGGUGUAUCAGUUCAUGACGAAGCUGGACUGGUUCUCCACACUGUUCCCGCGGAUACCGGUGCCCAUUCAGAAGCAGAUCGAGAAGAAGAUUGAACAAUAUUGCCGCGAGCAGGGCAUCACGGUCAAUCAGCUGAGCACGGGACGAGGCGCAGCAGCUGCGGCCACAACGGCGACGCCCAACACAAUGACAGCCUCUGUGGGCACCAGCUGUGAUGACUACGACGGUGGACGUGGCGGUGGCCCGGCGCAUGCCAACUCCCGCCAAGGAGGCGGAGGAGGAGGCGGUAGCGGCGGUUAUCCGCCGGCAAACUAUCGCAACGAUCAUGAUGAUCGCGACUACUAUGCAGCGCAGGCUUCGGGCUCGUCCUAUGGACGCAGUCGUGGCUAUGACGAUUACCCACCGCCGCCGCCCAUGUCAUCGAUGCUGCCAUACGGCAGUUCAGAUCGCGACAAAGAUUAUGGCGGUGAGCGUGGCACGGAGCGGGCCGAGCGUGGAGAGCGCGGCGGUGAACGCAGCGAGCGACGUCGCAGCAGUAAGCACAAGAAGAAACAUAAGCACAGGCAAUACUCGCGCAGCCGGAGUCGCAGUCCCAGCAAAAGUCGCAGUAGUCGCAGCGAUAGUCGUGGUCGCCAUCGGCACGAUCGAAAGCGGGACGAGCGGAGCAGCAGACAUCGGCACAACGAUCACUACGACGAGCGGGAACGGGAAAGGGAGCGAGACCGUGACAGAGAAAGAGAGAGGGAGAGAGAGCGACGCUAUCGAUGAACACGAUAAAGUGGGCCGCAAUUGUUUGUUCAGCAUUGUUUCCAUUGAACGUAUUCUUAAUAUUCUUAUCCACCUUUCCCCCACUCCCCAACCCCCAAACUUACAUUUUUUUGUCUCCCACUUAACGUACUCCAUUGUUGAUCACUUUCACAAGCAACUACAGAGUUCAAUCCGCCUGGAUUGGGCGCCUACUCAGGUUAUAACUACACACACAUACAUGCACACACACCCACACACAACACAAUACACAAGCAGACGAAACAGCAGCAGUAUGGCUAUAUAUUAUGAAAUUCUUAGCUCUUAGUGCUACUGAUAACAUUUUUCAAGUUGUGUUUUAUGCAGAAUAAAAUUAACAUUUGUUUAAA